UAUGAAAUUUGGGUAAGUGACGAUGUCAAGAAGUAUGCACUCCUCAAGGGAUUUGAGAUCUAUGAAAAGAUGUGUUUGGAUAAUGUCCCAAUGAACGAAGCAGCCUUGACAGCUGUGGCAAGAAUGGCAAUGUCAAUGGGUAAUGGUGACAUGGCAUUUGAUAUGGUAAAGAAAAUGAAGCAAUUGGGUAUAAAUCCUAGAUUGCGUUCUUAUGGUCCUGCUCUAUCUGUUUUCUGCAAUACUGGAGAUGUUGACAAAGCAUUUGAUGUUGAGAAACACAUGUUGGAGCAUGGUAUUCAUCCAGAAGAGCCUGAACUGGAGGCACUCUUAAGAGUAAGUGUAGAAGCUGGAAAAGGUGACAACGUGUAUUACUUAUUGCACAAACUAAGAACGAGUGUGAGAAAAGUGUCAUCUUCUACUGCAGACAUAAUCGUCAAAUGGUUUGAGAGCAAGGCAGCCUCAAGAUUGGGGAAACAAACCAUGGAUCAGAGAUUUAUAAAGGAAGCAAUUGAAAAUGGAGGAGGAGGCUGGCAUGGGCAGGGCUGGUUGGGUAAAGGUAGAUGGAAUAUAUCAUGUACAGCUGUUGGAGCUGAUGCAUUAUGUAAAUGUUGUGGGGAAAAGUUGGCUUUAAUAGAUCUUGAUCCUGUAGAAACAGAGAAGUUUGCUGAAUCAGUUGCAUCCAUAGCUAUAAAGAGAGAGAAGCAUUUCAGUUUUCAAAAAUUUCAAAAAUGGCUAGACUACUAUGGGCCGUUUGAAGCUGUGGUAGAUGCAGCUAAUGUUGGUCUUUUCAGCCAGAGACGAUUCAUGCCAUCAAAGGUCAAUGCUGUUGUUAACGGAAUACGCCAGAAACUUCCAUCAAAAAAAUGGCCGCUCAUUGUUUUGCAUAACAAGCGGAUCACUGGACAGAAGAUGGAGGAGCCAGUAAAUAAAGCAUUAAUUGAAAAGUGGCAAAAUGCAGAUGCGUUAUAUGCAACACCUACUGGAUCCAAUGAUGACUGGUACUGGCUGUAUGCAGCUAUCAAGUUCAAGUGCUUAAUUGUGACCAACGAUGAGAUGAGAGACCAUACAUUUCAACUUUUGGGAAAUGACUUCUUUCCAAAAUGGAAGGAAAGGCAUCAAGUGCAUUUCAGUUUUUCAAAUGCCGGUCCAGUGUUUAACAUGCCUCCUCCCUGUUCUAUUGUAAUUCAGGAAUCAGAGAAAGGCCAUUGGCAUAUUCCCAUUGCAUCUGAACUUGAUUAUGAUGCUGAAAGAACAUGGUUAUGCAUUACACGAGCUAAGUCACAUGUGGUGAAGGAAGAUUCUUCAACCAUACCUGAAGAUUUGCAGCCUCUUGACCGCAAUAAGGAAUGUGCGAGGCCAACUAUUCAAAUUGCAGUUAAUACAAACUCUCUGUCACCAAAAGAUGGUAAUUAUGAUAAACCACAAAAGCCUACUGAGGAAAUAUACAAAAAUAUCAGAGACAUUUUGUCGGCUCCAGUCCCCUCAGAUCAAUGCACGGUUCUACAAGAAAUAGAGGCUGCAGAGAUGCUUGGUAACUGUGUUAUUGAUUUUCAAAUAUGAAGCAAGUGGCUGUCUUGUAAAGUUGCAGAAAUAUAAAAUGAACUCCCCGUUGGAAUCCCUUUGUAUAGUUUUGAGGCCCCUUUGUAUGUCGAUGCUCGGUGUACUUUAGUGAUGUUUUUUGCUCAUCAUAGAGUUACCAUUUUGUCAUUAGAGGGUAUUUCUUUCUGGAGAGAAUGGAGGAGUGGAUUGUGGAAGGUAGAAGGUUGCGGUUCUUCAUAUGCAGGUGAAAUUUUGUACAUUGUGGAAAUCCAUUAUUGUGAAGCAAAUCAGUUCAUCCAUUUUUCUGCA